CCAGUACCAACUGCUACUUUAACUACCACAGUUUACCUACUCUUACUCUAUCAUCUCAAAUGGCUCGUACCAAGCAAACUGCCCGUAAGUCCACUGGUGGAAAAGCCCCCCGUAAGCAACUUGCUACCAAGGCUGCCCGUAAAUCUGCACCCGCUACUGGUGGUGUCAAGAAACCCCAUCGUUACCGUCCAGGUACCGUCGCUCUUCGUGAGAUUCGUCGCUACCAAAAGUCGACUGAACUUCUUAUCCGUAAGCUUCCUUUCCAGCGUCUAGUUCGUGAGAUUGCUCAAGACUUCAAAACCGACCUUCGUUUCCAGUCUUCUGCCAUUGGUGCUCUUCAAGAAGCUUCUGAAGCCUACCUAGUUGGUCUGUUUGAAGACACUAACUUGGCUGCCAUCCAUGCCAAGCGUGUGACUAUCCAGCCCAAGGACAUCCAGCUUGCUCGCAGACUCCGUGGUGAACGCUCGUAAACUAUUGCUCUUUUGAAUCCGCCCAUUAAAGCAUUUGUCAAUGCUUUCAUCCAUCCAUUUUGAUUUUCUUCACAACAAAAACUGUCAAUAAACUUUAGGAUCUUCAAUUA